GCUUGCAGACGGCUGCCGGUGAAUUAAGCCUAUUUCUAAUAAGAGCUGCCUGCCACAAAGCCGACUCUGUACAGAGUUACUGAUCAGCCUGGUAUUUACCUAGUCAACAGAGGGGCAGUGAGUGUGUUUCAGGUCAGCUGAUGCCUGAUGCCUCCCGCCUAUAAGAGGGCAUGCGCCCGCAUGUUCGGACAGCACAAAGAAAUCAGCCCUUGCAAUGCAAAAGAUUGUGGUCUGUGUGUUCUUGGCCUCUGCGUUGCUCAUAUGCAGCGCCGCCCCUGUGGACCCUCAUGGUGGCUCUGACGCCAAAUGUCCGCUGAUGGUGAAGAUCCUGGACGCAGUGAAGGGGGCACCGGCUGGCAACGUGGCACUGAAAGUGGCCAGACGAGGUGCUAAUGGCGAAUGGGCACAGCUGGCGAGCGGAGUAACAGACCCGACUGGCGAGGUCCAUGAACUGAUUACAGAACAGGACUUCACAGCAGGAGUAUAUCGUGUAGAAUUCGACACCAAAGCAUACUGGAAAGCGGAGGGUCGAACGCCGUUCCACGAGGUGGCUGAGGUGGUGUUUGAGGCACAUGCAGAGGGCCACCGUCACUACACCCUUGCCCUACUGCUUAGCCCCUUCUCCUACACAACCACUGCAGUGGUGGUCAAGACUCACGACUGAUGCUGAAACACACAACCACACCUACCCUCAGCUUUAUUGGGGGAAUAACACCACCGUAUUUUCCGGACUAUAAGUCGCACUUUUUUCAUAGUUUGGCUGGCCCUGCGACUUAUAGUCAGGUGUGACAUAUAUGAAAUUUAACAUGUUUUUGAAUCAUUCUACAAUGAAAGAGGAGUAAACAUUACUGUCUACAGCUACAGAUGGGCAGCCAUUCACGCCUUCUCAUCAUUAAUAUGAAUCUUUUUGGCCUCCGUGUCUAGUUACAGUCUCUGUCUGUUCUUGGUCUUGGAUUUUGUGAAUACAUUUCUGAAUAAAUGCGACUUAUAGUCAGGUGCGACUUAUAUAUGGCAUUUUCCUCUUCAUGAGGCAUUUUUUGACUGGUGCGACUUAUACUCCGGAAAAUACGGUAAUGAUGUUCCACCAUGCUACCAACACAAAUAAAACACAUGACAUACAAAUGAAGAAA